GCGCACAAUCGAUAAGAGAUUGAUUUUGGGCGGCAGGCCAUGGCUUCUCCGGGCCGAAUACACCACCACCAUGAUUCUCUGGAGACAAAUGCUCCCCUGCAGCAAAGACCAGAGUACCUCGCGGCGGCGGCGGCAGCUGCUGCGGUAGGAGAGGGGCAAUUCGUCGCGCAUGGCGCGUUCGACUUUGCUGCUGGCGCUACGACGGCUUCCCCGCAUGUCGUGCCCGCGACUCCAGUCCCUCAGCAGCAGCAACAACACGAGCAACAUGAGCAUCAGAUGCAGGCUCGGCAGCAGCAGCAGCAGGAUGGACAGUACGAGAAUUUAUCAGCUGUCGCGGCGGCGGCUGCGAUCGUCAUUGGCGCAUCAGAGGGAACGACUGAUCCCAAUCUCGCGGGCUACACAGCUGCCUCGACAGUUCCCUCGGCAGUGCAGACUGAACCGUCUAUCCAAAGCGCCGCGCCUGCUGUCGCGUCCUCGGCGCGGCAAACCACCAGCAACAAUGGCACCAUAGAGACUUUGUUCUGCGGCCGCUGCCACGUCCAUCGUCCCUAUGCCGACUUCUUCGGCCCUCCGCACCCAGAGACAAUGAAGAAAAACUGCGUCCACUGCCGCACAAAGAUGAAUCUCUAUAAACGAUCUGUCGAGCGGAGUAGGUCGCACGGCCGCGAGUUUGCGGAUAUUCCGGAAUCGCACCGGGUGAGUUCGAUGGCGGGGCUGAAGGAGCUCUUGACGUCUGAUUUGUUCUCUGUGCCGGUGCGCGAGCAGAACGAGGAUACUCUGGACGAUAGCAGUACGGCCGCGCGUGCGCAGUUUAAGUACUUUGUUUUACCAGCCACUGUUUUCAACGAUAAAACCAUCGGCGAGUGGUUCGAGGGCACGCAGGCGGAGCCUCACGAGGUGUACAAGUUUGUGAUCAAGGCGGUGAUGGAGAUCACGGGCUACUCGUUCCAGAGACACGGGCGGUAUACGUAUACGCGAAACACAGGCGGCUGGUCGUCCAGGUACAAAUGUGGACAAGCGACCUCGAGCGCGUCGAGGCACGUGCGGAAAACCGGUCCGAAAGCGCGCAACGUCGUGCCGCGAACAUAUUACAAAUGCGACGGCGUGCUCACGAUCAGUGGGACCGUUGCCGGCUUGCGCAUUGUCUACGACCAUCUGCAUAUCCACACGGGCCGGACGCGCAAGCCGUCGGUGAAGAAAGGCGACCCGAUCUUUCCCGAGGACAUCCCGACAAAUGUUAAGCUGCUGCGCAACGUGGCGCCGAUGUUUGUCGAGCAACUGCAGCAGUCUGGCGCGUAUCCUAGUCUACCGCCGCCGGGGUUCACGGGGUUUGACCAUCCGCAGUUUGCGGAGCGGCGGAAGCUGAUGAUGCUUUUUUUCGGGACGGGGAUAUGUAAGAAUAACCGGCCGCUGCAGGAUUUUCUGAUGGCGCAGACGGAGGGACUUGCGCGCACGCUGAGUCAGAUUCAUGAUCAACCUGAAGACGGAUCUCUGUUUUUUGAUAAUCAGCAGCAGCAGCCGGAGCUAUUGAUGGCUGAUCGUCAGCGGGAUCCGAAUGAGCUGCGCCAUCUACAGGAAUCUGCGCAUCUUGCCAGACAAACCGACCAAGUUCCUGCGAGCUCUACGGUCGACGUUGGAAAUAGUAUGGUGGAUAGCCAUCACCGCGUGGAUGCAGAAGCGAGGCCGGUUGUUCACCACGAUGAUGAUGAUGGUGAUGAUGAUGACGAUGACGAUGACGAUGAUGAUCCGAUGGCUGGCAUCGAUACUGAUUUGGAGGGGCUGGAUGUCGUCGCUCAUUUUAA